GUCUUUUCCGAGCCCGUUUGGGAUUUUUUAACAUUAAAAAGUGAAGGCAGACGGCUCCGCCAGCCCAGCCCUUAGCGGAUGCAACCGGAGAGCAGCCUUUCCCUUUCUUUCUUUCUUUUCCCCCUCUUCCAUUCUUCUUCUUUUCUUUCCUCUUUCCUUGGCGUGCAAGCGCAGGAGGAGGAGGAGAUGGAGAUGGGGUUCCUCCUCGAGCUCUUUUUAACGGCCGCCCUCUCCGUCCUCUUCGCCUUCCUCCUAGGCAAGAUCUUCGCCGUCGAUUCCUCCGCCGAUGACCCCGAGGAGAAGCGCGAGAGAUCGCCCGAGACGGUCGGCGGAAUCCGUCGGGGCGCGGUCGACGGCGACGAAGAUCGCCGGCCUGCGGAGGAGAUUCUUGAAUCGGAUCAUAUUGCUGCGGAGUCGGCGGUGGGGGCUGAUAAAGCGAGUAAAGAAAUCGACGAUGUAGGAGAUGGAGGAAUCGUUGUCUGGUUGGAGGACGACGGAUUGGUUGAUCACAGCUUGGAAGGUGGAUUUGAAGUAGUGCAAGAACUUGGAUUGGAUGAAGACUCUGCCAAAAGAAUGCCCGAGGGGGUUGGAUUUGAGAAGGCUAAGGAGGAAGGAAGGUCAGAGGAGAUGAGAGCCAAUGAGAUUGACCUGGAGAGCGUCAAUCUAGAGAUGAAGAAACAAGAGGCUAGGAUAUGUGGAGGAAAUAUAGAGGGAUUGGCAGAUGAGUCCUCAAGAGAUACGACGGACGAGGUCAAAAUGGUAAGCCUUGAAAGAUUGCAUAAAAAAGAAGAGAGAUUAAUAAAAGAUGCGGACGUCAGAGAACUUGAGCCGACGAUGGAGAAAGGAGAAGAAAAUAAGCCUGAAGUGAAUGUGCUGAAUUUGGAAGAUGAAUCCAUUAGGAAAGUGGCUGAGGUGGAGAUUGGAGAAGUCGAGAGGUUGCUAAAAGAAGAAGGAAGGCCAGAGGAGGUGAUGGCCAGUGAAAUUGAGACCCCAGAGAACAAGAAUGAACGAGAGCAAAUAUCUGAAAUAGAUGUAGGGAGAUUGGAAUCCACUAGAGAAAUGCCUGAGAAAGUCGCACCUGAAAGAAUCAAGGAAGAGAAAAGAUUAUUAAUAAAAGAAGAUCGCUCAGAGGACUCCAGAGCCAGUGAUUUUGACAUGGAGAAUAAGACUGAAGGAGAGAGACGGCGUCAAGUAAGUUUGCUUAACUUGGAAGAUGAUUCUAUGAGAGAAAUGCAUGAGGUAGUAGUCGAAGAGACUAGAGAGGAACAAAAACUGCUUAAAGAAGAAGAAAGAUCAGCAGAGGUGACAUCUAACAAUUUUGAGCAAGAUAAGGAGAUUGAGCAAGAGCAGAGAUAUGAAGCUGAUGCAGUUAAGGUAGAAGAGGACUCUAUACAAGCAAUGCCUGUGGAGGUGGGAAUUGAUAGAGUUGACUUUCCUAAUUUGGUUGAAAGGGAAGAACGAUCGGCUGAAGGUGAAGUUUGUGCUGAGAAUGUUGUUCAAUCACCUGAAGAAGAAAGGAUAGUACAAGAAGGAUCUCAAAGUGAAGCUAAAGGACAGAAGAUUUGCAUCCAUGAGGAGGGAUCUUUGCUUAAUGAGGAAGAUGAUUGGGAAGGGAUUGAGAAGAGUGAGCUGGAAAAGCGCUUUGGUGCCGCGAUAGCGUAUGUGGGUAGUGGUAGUGGUGGAGAUGCAUUGUCAAAGCUGAGUAGUGAUUUGCAGAUGCAAUUGUAUGGACUACGCAAGGUUGCAACAGAGGGCCCUUGCUAUGAGUCGCAGCCAUUGGCUUUGAAGGUUUCUGCUCGUGCUAAAUGUGUUGGGUUAUAUACUCUACUGGCACAAUUGGAUAUGAAGAAUGCCAGAUGAAACUGAUCAAGAAUUCCAUCAAGCGAUACUAAGAAAUUCAAGCACCUGUUCAAAUAUUAAAAGACCGAAAAAUGAAAAAUGAAAGAAAUAUAUUGAUGUCUCCUAAAUUUCAAAUUUUGUACUUCAAAAAGGAAUCUAAGUAAUGCAAACUUCUGAAGCUUUAAAUGAACUGAGGGUAAGUUCUCACGCUAAUACCAAGAAACUGACAAAUUGGAGCUUGAGAACACAUGAAAGCAUCAAUGCAGGGAAGAUUACUUGAUGAAUAGAAGGAACAUAACCUAAUAUAAUGUCAACUCAAAGAACAACAAGCUUAUUGGAUGAAGGGAAACUUUAAACAUGGAAAAUCUGUUUACACAGGUAAAUAACUAUUCAUGAAUAUCUUACUUUCUGUUCCUUACGACUGCAUUAAGAAUCAAAUGAUCUAAUUAUGAACCUGCCUUGCCAUAUCGACUAGUUAACAGUUUUUAUCUUGUCAUUUGCUUGAGUUCCCAUGAUCUUUUAGUUAUUUAUGAAUUGGCUUUGAUUAGCAUGACCAUUGGAUUCACCUAAAUGGAGAUGCCAUUCUGCAUCUGAUGGUGUGCGGAGGUGUCAUGCCUUUUAAUUUACCCAUUGUUGUUCUAACUCUAAACAAAAGAUUUACUCAAUAUGUGUGGAACGAUUCAAGAUCCUUAGUGGACAGAUAUUGGCCAUAGAUGUCAUGAAACUUCACAUAUUGGAUUUAACAGCCGAAACAAUUGCUUAGGUACCAACCUUUCAAAAUCUGUUAGCAAAAGCCUCGAAGGGUAAAGGAAACAUGAAAUAGAAUAAA